AUGUUGGAACGUCUACAGUCAGUUCUGAAAACGGUCAAAGAGUCAAAACCUGGAUCCCUCAUGUCCCACCGGUUUGUCACAGUGCGCAGAGGGAGCCCGGCAGCCCGGAGUGGACACAUCCAGCCGGGGGACCACCUGGAGGGGGUGGAGGGGCGGCCGGUGGGGGGGCUGCAACACAGAGACCUGUCUCAGAUCCUUAGGAGAGCAGGAAACACCCUUCGGCUCACCAUCGCACCACGGCACAACAAUGCGGUGGCAGAAGGGGCCGACCUGGACAUCGAUGGACGUGUCAUCAGGAGCUCCAGAUCCAGGGUGAAGGAGGAGAGCCGCUUCUACAGUGUGGACCUAGAGCGGGGGCCCACCGGCUUUGGCUUCUCUCUGCGGGGGGGGUCAGAGUAUAACAUGGGCCUGUACGUGCUGGGGCUGAUGCAGGGCGGGCCAGCGCAGAGGAGCAACAAGAUACAGGUCUCAGAUCAGUUGGUGGAGAUUAACGGAGACAGCACAGCAGGAAUGACGCACUCUCAGGCUGUGGACCAGAUCCGACGAGGAGGGAACCACAUCCACCUGGUCCUGAAGAGGGGCAACGGAUAUGUGCCAGACUAUGGCCCUGAAGAAGGAGCGCCCUCCCCCUCCACCCCCACACCGCAAAAAAAAGACUCCAUCUUGGCCGUCGCCGGAAACACCACAGAACCAGAGGGAGCAAGAGAUGGUGAUAGGAGCGUGAAAAGAAACCAAGAGGAAACCAGCGCAAAACUACGCCCCAUUGUCCCAGAUUUAGACUUGGACGCAGUGGACCAGGAACCCCGCCACAAGAGCCAAAAACACCAGAAGAGGAGUGGGAAGAACAAGGAAGAGGAGGAAGGGAGAGCUGGGCGGAGUUUACCCAGGACCAGAGCACUGUCCUGGGAUGAUGCCGGUGUGGAGAAGACCCAGGAGGAGGCCAGUAGAAGGAGCCGGACUGUCUCCAGGAUCAGAGCACCGUCCUGGGAGAGAAAUACAACAGAGGAGGUUUUAUGGACGAACAAAGGGGAGAAGAGCAGUCGGAGUAUGUCCAGGAGCAGAGCAACCUCUGUGGGUACAUCUGUAACAGAAGAGCCCACGGUUUCGGAGGUCUCCGAGAAGAAAUUGCGACGCAAGCGCAAAGAGAUGGACCUUUCAAGGGACAAAGUGGUGGCGGACCGCGGGUCAAAGCGAAUCUCUGAACCGUUCUCCUUCCUGAUGGCGCGCGAUGACCAGCCCUCCUCCGACAGCGAAUCAGCUGCCAGCUUCUCUGGGGUCAGCCAAUCCGCCGCCAGCAUCGCAUGGAGGGAGGAGUCUGAUUGGAGGAGCGCGGAGCCCAACUCGCCGCCCAGCCGGUGGCUCAAGCCCAGCUCCCAAAAACUGACCCAGGUUCUGAUCGACUCAAGACUCGGCGGACAGAGCCUGGUGGGCGGGCUCUCGCUCUGA